UUUUAUCAAUAUUUUAGAAAAUAUAUAGCAAAUUAUAAGAUCUGUUUUUUUUUUAACUGCGGGACUGCAAUACGUUUUAGUGGAUGCUGCUAAGCUGCAAGACGCGUCAGACGAAGCUAGAUUUUUCAUGUGAUUACAAACAAUGGCUGCAGAUUCAGAUGAUGCUUUGUACACGUUCUUGGAAAGCCGCAAUGUGAAUACAGAGCUUAUGAAAAAGGAAAAGAUGGACCUAGCUGCAUUACGAGUUAUAGAUGAUAAAGAAUUGUCCAGCUUUAUACCACAUUAUGGUGACAGAGUGGCUCUUCGUUCUUAUAUAAUAAAGGAAGAUGACAAAAAAAAAGAAGAAAAAAUCAAAAGUUACAUUAGUAGCUUCAUUGAGGCAGAAGUUGAAGGACAUAAGGAGAACAAAGAAAUCAAAUGCCAAAAACCAGAUAUCAGAAAGUGAUUCUGAUGAAGAGGAAGGAAGUGAAAGUACAUGUACAAUCAAUCCUUAUAAAGGCAAUCAAAAUGCUACAAAGGACACACGUAAAAUUAAACUUGGAAUUAAAUCAAAAUUGGACGAUACUUUUGUAACUAUAAGAGUAAAAAGAGGAGGAGGUCCAAGAGAAGUUACGGUUAAAAAAUCAUUCAAGAAGAAGGAACUUAUUGAGCAGGCCAAAGAAUUGUACUUUGGUAAAUCUGGUACAAGUAAACUAGGAUGUGUUGAUGACUUCUCAUUUGACAUGCAGAAUUUUGAGGAAGAUAUUCUUGAUGAUGAAAUAAGUGUUGGAAAGCUGUAUGAGCAGACAGGUUUAAGCAAACUAACAUUUUAUCUUCUUCUCAUUCCUACAUGUAAAUAUGAAGAUUUGCCAAUUAUACAAAGACCCAUCAAAAGACCGAAAACAACAAACAGCAGCAUUUCAGAUGAUGAUGAAAACUUGCCAGACCCAAGUGAAGUUGCAAGCUUUGAUAUACUUUCUGAGGCAAUGUUGGCUGCUGAUGUACCAUUGUGCUUCCAGGAAACAAACAUUAUUACUGAUUAUGUUGAAGAUUCUACAUGCUUCAGUACAGUUCCAGCAACAUGUAUCAACACAAAUCCUGCAUCCUGCAUCAGCACAGUCCAUUCUGAAGAACUUGUUUCCAUGAAUCCUCCAUUAUCUAUAAGAUCUAGUUCCAGCCAGCAUCUUGAAAACAUAGUACCUGCAGCAAUUACAGUGCCUCAAGAAUUUUCACUCAAAACGGACAAAGUUCUUAGAAUCCAUAGAGUGACCUUGUUGGAUGAAAUGCUUGUGUUUUUUAAAGAUCCAGAGAUAAUGAACAAGGAUAUCACAUUUGAAUUUGUUAGUGAGCGUGGUUCAGAUAUGAAUGGAGUGUCAAGAGAUGCUUAUUCUGCAUUCUGGAUUGAAUUUUUCAGGCGUUCAGCUGAAGGGGAAGAAUCCAGAGUACCUGCCCUGAACUCAAAAUGGCAAGAGGAUGAAUGACAGGCUAUUGGGAGAAUAUUUGCCAAGGGUUUUGUUGAUCAAAAUGUUUUUCCCAUACAGAUGUCACCAGUAACUACUAUAGUAGUUUCAUUUGGUGAAGCAUCAGUGACUGACAAAAUUCUAAAUGAUGCUUUCCUCAACUUCUUAAGCAAAACAGAAAGAGAGACUCUAUCCUUGGCUUUGAAUAAAGAGAUUUUUGAUGAUGAAAUGCUUGAUGACCUGCUCGACUUGCUAGACAGGUUUUCAUGCAAGCAAAGACCAACAAAAGAAAACUUACCAAGCCUGUUAAGCAAAAUAGCACACAAAGAGCUCAUCCAAAAACCUAAAUAUGCCACAGACAACAUGGCUUUUGGGUGCAGAGAUGUUUUACUCUCGCGCUUUCUCUCGGUUGAGAGAAUAAUAAGUACUUACCAAGUGAUGGAGCCCACAGCAAAAAAAAGUGUUGAAAAUGAUCAAGGCCUCUCCAAAAGAAAACAACGAAGCGACAUCAUUACGAUUUCUGCAACAAUACAUAAGAGGCCAAAAUAGUGCGUCCUUGAAAAAACUCCUAAGAUUUUUAACUGGCUCAGAGGCCAUUACCGUGGAAAAGAUAGAGGUGACCUUCACCCAACUAGACGGGCUUGGUCGAAGAACAAUUGCCCAGACGUGUGGACCUGUCUUAGAGCUACCCAGUACCUAUUUAAGCUAUCCAGAGCUUAGGAAUGAAUUGGACAGCAUAUUAGCAGAUGAUUCUUGUUUUGUA